AUGAGAGCUCUAUUUGUGGCACUGCUGCUUAUUUACGCGUCAGGACGCGGGAAAGUCGCUGGCGCGAGUGGCGCGAAAGGAAACCGCUUCGUGUGUACGGCUGUGCCCGCAGGCACCGACCUCAGCUGCCCGGUGGAAACCACCAACCGCGUGCAGAGCACAAGCCCGCAGGAGGAAGAGUUGCGGAAUACGAUCAUCCAGCUCCGAGAGACCAUCCUGCAGCAGAAGGAAACUAUAGUCAGCCAGCAGGGCACCAUCAAAGAGCUCAACUCCAAACUCGCGCGCUGCGAGGCGGACGUCAGGUCCCGGGGCAGCGCGCGCAGGAAGGAUUACAGUAAAAACACGAUGGGCGAUCUGCCGCGGGACCCCACCGAGAGCGUGGAGCAGCUGGGGAAGACCAUGCAGAGCCUAAAAGACCGACUGGAGAGCCUGGAGCAGCAGCUGCGCACCAACACAUCUAAUGGAGCGUUCCCCAGUGAGCUGAGAGACCUGCUGAAGCGACGUCUGAGCGAUCUGGAGGGCCAGCUGCUGACCAGAGUCGCCGAACUGGAGGAAGAGAAAAGCCAACUAUACAACGAGACGACGGCGCACCGCCAGCGCACAGAAAACACCCUCAACUCCCUGCUGGAGAGGAUUACAGAGCUGGAGAAAAGUAACAGCGCGUUCAAGUCUCCAGAGGACUUUAAAGUUGCUCUGCCUCUACGCACCAACUACCUGUACGGACGCAUCAAGAAGAGUCUGCCGGAGAUGUACGCCUUCACCGUCUGCAUGUGGCUCAAGUCCAGCGCCAGUCCCGGAAUCGGGACCCCGUUCUCAUACGGUGUGCCCGGACAAGCCAAUGAGAUUGUGCUGAUCGAGUGGGGUAACAGUCCAAUGGAGCUCCUCGUCAAUGAUAAGGUGGCUCAGCUUCCUCUCUCGGUGAGUGACGGCCGCUGGCAUCACAUCUGCAUCACCUGGACCACCAGAGACGGCUUCUGGGAGGCUUAUCAGGACGGAGAGCGGCUGGGCACCGGAGAAAACCUGGCCCCCUGGCACCCAAUUAAACCUGGAGGAGUCAUUAUCCUGGGCCAAGAGCAGGACAUCGUAGGCGGCAGAUUUGAUGCCACUCAAGCUUUCGUAGGAGAGUUAAGCCACUUCAACAUGUGGGACCGAGUCCUGCGUCCCGUAGACAUCUCCGCUAUGGCCAACUGCUCCGCCUACAUGCCUGGCAACGUGGUGCCGUGGGUCGAUGCCAACGUCGAGGUGUUCGGCGGCGCCACAAAAGCAGCGCUGGAGAUUUGCGAAGACCGGCUCUUUGAUUCCUAAAAGACACGUUUUGAAGAGCACGCUUUAUUUGAGGUAACCCACGUCCUGGUGUUUGAUCCGGGAAAACCAAAAGAAACACGUUUACAUGAUUUCUCUCCCUCACACACACACACACACACACACAAUGGAUUAUUUUGAUCUUCUAACGUUAGUUUGCAGACUUCAGCCUGAGUGGUAACUAAAACGACUGCGAUUCAUUCGUGAAGUAAAGGAAUGAAGUCAGAGUGACUCCGUCUGACGCCAAACUUUACUUUUUGAUGUUAUAUAUGCUUGUC